AUGUCGUUCUCGAACCUAGUGUCUGACAUCGCCUUCCGAGACUCCAACCCGGACGAUCGUGCCUCACAGAUCUCGCAUGCUCAAUCCCGCACUGCUCGAUCCUACACCAGUACCACUGCGACCAGUGUGAGCAUCUCUGGGGAUAUCUCUAGCCAGCUACAUGCCGGAUACAGUCACCCUUUGAGCAGGUCAUGGCAGGCAGAGAGGCAACUGACCAAGGACAUGCUCAUUUACCCACUCUUUAUCACGGAUAACCCUGACGAGGAGACCCCUAUUCCAUCUCUACCAAAUCAGUAUCGCCGUGGUGUCAAUCGUCUGGUGCCGUUCCUGGCCCCACUGGUUCGGAAGGGGUUACGUUCGGUGAUUCUCUUUGGAGUUCCCCUCCACCCAUCGGCCAAGGAUGCGCUAGGAACCGCAGCCGAUGACCCGGCGGGCCCAGUUAUCCAAGCCAUUCGCCUUCUCCGAUCUCGUUUCCCUCAGCUCUAUAUCACAACCGACGUCUGCCUUUGUGAGUACACGUCACAUGGCCACUGUGGUAUUCUCCGGGAAGAUGGGUCCCUUGAUAAUACACAAUCGGUGGAUCGAAUUUCAGAUGUCGCGCUAGCCUAUGCCGUUGCCGGGGCUCACUGUGUUGCGCCGUCAGACAUGAACGAUGGACGAGUACGCGCUAUCAAGCUUAAACUGAUCGAGGCUGGGAUAGCCCAUCGCGUGCUGCUGAUGUCCUAUAGCGCUAAAUUCAGCGGUUGCCUGUACGGUCCAUUCCGCGAUGCAGCUGGCUCAGUUCCAUCAUUUGGAGACCGCCGUUGCUACCAGCUUCCUCCUGGUGGCCGUGGUCUUGCCCGACGUGCGAUCCAAAGAGAUAUCGCCGAGGGUGCCGACAUCAUUAUGGUGAAGCCUGCGAGUAGCUACCUAGAUAUCAUUCGUGAUGCCAAGGACUUGGCGCAGGAUAUGCCAGUCGCAGCUUACCAGGUUAGUGGUGAAUUUGCAAUGAUCCACGCCGGAGCGAAGGCCGGAGUUUUCGACUUGAAAGCGAUGGCCUUUGAGAGCACGCAGGGAAUAUUGCGAGCAGGUGCGGGCAUUGUGGUGACCUACUUUGCUCCGGAAUUCCUGGACUGGCUGUGA